AUGGCUGCCAAGAAAGAUUCAACCUAUGACUGUUCCCACGUGAUCGACCACAGCCACAUCCCGGAGUUUGAAGUGGCCACCUGGAUCAAGAUCACCCUCAUCCUUGUCUACUCUAUCAUCUUUGUGAUGGGUAUGCUCGGGAAUGGGGUCACCAUCCGUGUUACUCAAUUGCUUCAGAGGAAAGGCUACUUGCAGAAGGCGGUCUCAGACCAUAUGGUGAGCUUGGCUUGCUCUGACAUCUUGGUCUUCCUCAUAGGCAUGCCAAUGGAGUUCUACAGUAUCAUCUGGAACCCUCUGAGCACGACUAGCAAUAACUGGUCCUGCAAGGUGCACACUUUUCUCUUUGAGGCCUGCAGUUAUGCCACCCUCCUGCACGUGCUGACUCUCAGUUUCGAGCGCUAUGUGGCCAUCUGCCACCCCUUCAGGUACAAGGCAGUCUCGGGAUCCCUUCAGGUAAAGCUACUGAUCUGCUUUGUCUGGGUCACCUCCGCCGUGGUGGCGCUUCCUCUGAUUUUUGCUAUGGGCACCGAGUACCCUCUGGUGCAGGUGCCCAACUACCGUGGGGUCCUCUGCAAUCGUUCUCGGACACGACACCUUGAGCACCCUGAGACUUCCAACAUGUCCAUUUGCACCAGCCUCUCCAGCCGCUGGACGGUUUUCCAGUCCAGCAUCUUCAGUGCCUUCAUCAUCUACUUUGUGGUCCUGCUCUUGGUAGCCUUCAUGUGCCGAAAUAUGAUGCAAGUGCUAAUGAAAGGGAAGAAGGGCACCCUGGCAGUGAAAGGGCAGCAUCAGCUGAGGAAGACAGAGAGUAAUGAAAGCAAAGUAGCCAGGAAGCAGACCAUCAUCUUUCUAGGACUGAUUGUUGUGACUCUAGCAGUAUGCUGGAUGCCAAACCAGAUUCGAAGGCUCAUGGCUGCAGCAAAACCGAAGCAGGAUUGGACGCGCUCCUAUUUCAGGGCAUACAUGAUUCUCCUUCCCUUUGCCGAUACCUUCUUUUACCUCAGCUCCGUCAUCAACCCGCUCCUAUACAACAUCUCAUCAAGGCAGUUCCGCAAGGUUUUCCGACAAGUUCUCUGCUGUCACCUGACCCUGGAGCAUGCCAACAGAGAGAAACUGCUCAGGGCCCAUCUGAAUUCCACAACCAGCAGUGGCCGCUCUGCCCGCCCAUUGAUCUUCAUUUCAUCAUGGCACAAUGCCUCUGCAAGGAGAACUAACAAGGUUUGCUUAAGCACUUUUCAGAGUGAGACCAAGCCUGACUCUAGACCUCAGCAAUUGAGUCUUGAAUCACUAGAGCCCAACUCUGAAAGCAAACCACUGGAGGUUGUUCCUGAGCCCACUCUGGGUGCAGAGAACAACCUGAGAGAACAUGAAGUAUGAAUUCCAAAUAAGGCAGUCAUCAUUGAGUGACCCCACUCCCAUCCCCACGACCCCUCAAAACAAACAAAAGAAACCACUAAGGAAAGAAAGUCGGGAAAACAACAAAAUA